AUGUCGGGCCUGGAGAUCCCCUCCUUCCUCAUCGGCCUUGGUGGCCUUGUCGCCGUGUUUGAGAAGGGCUUCGAGGUAUGGAGCACUAUUCGCGAGGCUCACGGCUUUGGAGGUGAUGUCGCCGAUUGGAUGUGUAAGCUUGAGAUGGAAUUCUUUCGCUUCCAGACUUGGUGGACGGCUUUGGAGCAUCUCGCACUCCGACCGGGUCAUCCGCCAUCGGUUCGACGAGUGCCCUCUCAAACAUCGGCACUCCAAGUCACGCUGGACAAACAAUUCGGACAGCCCAUCACAGACGCUGCCGUCAACAUUCUCAAACUGCUCGAAAAGAUUGAGGAGGUCCUUAAGCGAAAUGGAAUCUUGACCAUUUUCCAGGCUCAACCUCCAGAGCCGAGGCAGACGCUUGACCUUUCGGAAGAGGCAUCAAAGUCGAGAACGCGACUCAAGAAAUUCGCCGACGACCUCUUGAGGCAUACACCCUGGAUCACGCGAAUCAAACACAAUGCAAGCACUUGGAAAGACAACGACAAGUCUACCCUUGACAGCUCAUUGGAGUCCAUGACCUACUGGAACAACGCACUCUACAGCAUCCUCCCACAGAAUCUCCGAGACAGCAUAUUAGAGCUAGGUAUCGCGGGCUACGCAUUGGGUACUUCGGAAAAUAUUGGAGACAUUUCAAGGCUAUCAAGUAACCGCAACACCAUCCUCAGCGAAAGCGCCAAAUUCAUCCGGCUUCGUCAACGAUUUAAGGAUGGGGCAACUACCGAUGCAGACCUAGAUGCUAUCCUCCAGAGGAUGGAGCAAAAGAUGACUCACUUCGAAGGAAUCGACACCAUCAAGGUCCUCGGAGGCUGCCAAUACUCCAUUGCCCACUGUUCCCCCGACGACGGAGGUCAACCUCGUCGAGUCAUUAUCGAAUGGAUACCGUUUCCACAAGGCGAUUACGACGUCUACAAACUUGCCCGGACGCGCAUGUCGCAGAUAUCCUACUCUUUACAACAGAUUAAAGAAUUAUCUCACAUCCAGGUCCUACCAUCUCUUGGGUUCGUUGAGUACGGCAGCGCAAAGGUCUUUGGCUUGGUGUCAGCGUUGCCGACAAGUGCCACAUCCUCGGCCACCAUUGUCACUCUUUACGAGAUUCUACCCGGAAGCCAGCGACCAGGCACCAACGAAAGGUCAUCUUCCGGCCGGAAAAGCGUGAACUAUCCUCUACCAAGUUUGAACCAACGCUUCGAGCUCGCCACUACGUUGGUCAUGGGCUUCUACACUUUUCUGCUCACACGGUGGCAUCACGAGCGCUUCAGUUCCUUGCACAUAGCCUUUCUACUAAACGAGGCAACUGGGAUAACAAGUCCGUCUUUAACCGAGAUGAGACCUCUGGAUCUUGGAGCACCCAUAAUUGGCGGCUUUGCCAUCUCCCGUCCUGAUUCUCCAACCGAACUGUCCAUAUCAGCGCCAGUCGAAGAUUUCGAGGCUGUUUACCUACACCCAGAUGUGAGGCAGCGUCUCAAGUCUCGACCGAAGGCACCAAACUCAAGCACAGGGCCACCGGCACGCUAUCAACGAGUCCACGACAUCUACGCUCUAGGGCUGUUACUCGUCGAAAUCGGCUUCUGGCGGCCGCUCGCUCGCGUGGCAGAGUCAGGUUCCGGUGGAAAAGUCAAGGCUGGCAACUUGUCAGCAAAGGACUUCAAGGACGCGAUAGUCAAGAAAUGCAGAUCUGAUCUGGCUUUCUGGAUGGGAGAAACGUAUAGGGACGUGACCCUGAGGUGCUUGCUCGCGGGAGAGGAGGGCGGCGUGCAGGCGGCGGAUGGGACUGGAGGAUUAAACAAUUUCUACUGGGAUGUUGGGAUUAGCUUGAUGAACAGUGAGAAUUAUGUAGGGCAAGUUCAAACACAUCCAACCCAUAAGCAUAAGGAUAAGCGAGCUGCUGAUGUGCAUCCUCGGAUCAAAACCGGGGCCGGUCUCGCCGAGUAUCCGGAUCAACAGUGGAGGGAUGGGUCUAGGGCUGAACAAACUCAGCCUCAAGACCUGGAUCGUGCACAGAAUACGGAGGCUGGCCACCGGUGUUAUAUGACCGUGUAG